CGCGCACCAUUUCGUACAUAAAUCAAGGACACGACAACUACUUACAUCUCCGGUCUGCGCUGUACGUACAUCCUCAAAUGUAUUCCUAUCUGCGCACAAUUGGCGACCAUCUCUGAAUCGCGGCGAUCGGACCGGACGGCAUCUCACAGCUCAUGAUCAACCGGGUUUUCAAUGGUAUCUACUCUAGAGGCCAUCCAGUCUUAUGAACUGCGGGCAAUCAAGCUAGUCCGGUAGUUCCAUGUGCAGUUUCGAGUAUCAAAGCAACGUGCGGGGAGACGUCUGAUUCUCCAUACCGUCCGUCACCUCGGCCGCACCGCACAUAUACGACUAGAUGCCGCUGCACCUGGCCGCCGGUGACCCAUCUCCCCCGAGAGAGACCACAACAUCCCAUCCCCUCGUAACGAAGACGGCGCGAGCCAGGGGACGGCUGGAGGCUGCAUAAUAUCAUGAUGAUUCUACGCUGAGUAAUGCCUGCAUGUUCAAAGGACCGGAUCUCUUGACAUCGUCAGGUUCGGCAGUUACUUCCACUAUCUGAUUGCCCUCCACCUUCCGUUGAUCGAAUAACAGGCUGGCCAACAAUCUGGAGCGAGCACAAUCUGAGUGUCUACUUUCAUAGCUACUGUAACAGCAUACGCGCCAGAAAUUUUUGCGCAUCUG